CCACUGGCUCGCCACUCUCUGGUCUUCUCAGACGCCUGUGUUGGUGAGGUCCACUGUUAUCACCCGAGUGACCAACAAUCUCCAUUAAUGGUAACUCUGCUUCUACCCAUUUUCGUUCCUGAGAAGAAGCAUUAAACAUCUUCAACAAGCGACCUCUAAUUCUCCUGUAUUUCUCUGAAAAUGUCAUUGCCUUCUCAGAUUCUCUUCAGAUGUUCGAGCCAUUUGAAGUUUUGUUGCUUCCCCAACUCGUUUCCUACAAACAACAGUUUCUUCUCUCUCCCAAUUUCUCCUCGAUCCCUCAAUCAACUUCAUCAAUUCCAUCUUCAUGCACAUAACAAUUCAACCUCCCGCUUUCGGAGUUAUUGUCAAUACGGCAUUGGAGCUUUCGAAUCCGAAGACGUUGCGCAGAGUAACGACAAGGAUGGUGGCGAUUUCGAUUUAGAAUCGGUUCUUUUGUUCUCUGAAUUGUUUUCUCUCUUUUCUUCGGCUGUUUUCUUGGUUGUUUUUGUUGUGAAUUUCGUGGGUUCGAGUUCGAAGAGAGCGCUUAGGGUAUUGAUGGGUGAUAGGGUUUUGAUUUGGGGCUUUCCUCUGCUAGUGGCUACCGCUGUUCUUAACUCGUGGAUUCGAAGACGACAAUGGAGACGAAUUUGUGGGGUAAAACGGAGCGGUGGGUUGAAGGUGGAUUUGUUGGAUAGGAUUGAGAAAUUAGAGGAGGAUUUUAGGAGCUUGACGACCGUGAUUCGGGGCAUGUCUAGGAAGCUUGAGAAGUUGGGCAUAAGGUUUAGGGUAACACAAAAAACUCUGAUGGAUCCAAUUGUUGAGACGGCAGGUUUAGCUCAAAGAAAUUAUGAGGACACUCAAACUUCGGCUGUGCAAGAAGAUGUUCUUGAGAAAGAACUCCUUGAAAUACAAAAGGUCUUACUAGCCAUGCAGGAGCAGCAGCAAAAGCAACUUGAGCUGAUUGUUGCCAUAGGAGAAAAAGGGAAGCUGACGGAAAGCAAACAGGCACUUGAUUAAGAACGAACAAGAAUGGAAAGACGCAAUUCUGCCAAUGAGGAUUCAAAAGAACGGGAAGCUUAUGAAAUCUGAGGUAGGAUCCUCAUAAAACAUUUCCCAUUCAUUAUCAAUCUUUUUUGUUGUGAUUUUAAGUUAGAACUUGCCUCUUCCUUAUAUUUAUAAUUGAAAAAAGCAGCAAAUUGAUUAAUAGAAAGGAAAGGAGCAUCCAAAACUUAUGAUUUGGGUUUAGUAGAAGAGCACUGAAAUGGAAUAUCUACACAAUAAGAAGGAUUGUUUCUAUACUUGUGUUCUUGUGGCUGCUGUUUUCAAGUUUUCAAGUUUUGGUUGAGCCUUUUGAGCAAUGGUAUGGACCAUGGAAUUUGGAAGAUUCAUAGAGCAUGAUGAAGAACUUGAAUUGUCUAAGAGUCGUAGUUAAGAGUUGAGUGAAUUUAGAGUCGAGACUUGGAUGAUCAUGACAUGAAAGUGUAGACAACCACCUACAUUGGAAGUGAAAGAAGCAAAAUGAUAUAUUAGAAAAGAACGAACAGUCAGUGGAGCCAACUUGAGCAUAGCUUUACUGAUUAAGACAUAUGUUCUCAAUCAAGAAGUUAGAGGUUCGAGUUCUCCCACUCCUUAUUGAACUCAAAAAAACAUUCCAUGGUGAGGGACAUGUUGGAAAGGUUCUAGAUGCAUUCGGGUUGAAUGAAAUUUUCAUCUUUGAGUGAACAUGUUAAGAAUGAUAAAUGUAACCUUCGGACUUGGUCUGUCAUUUAACUCGUUGAGUUUAAGAUGUGAUAAUUAUGG